CCACUAUCGCUGUAAGCACGCUGAAAACAGUGGAGUUUUCUUGAUUUCCAUUUUCCGAAGAGCACUUGAAAAAACCCAACAAACACAAACAAUCGAACCACAAUGACCGAGGAGAGCAAGAAGAUCGAUCAGCUGGACGACGUGCAGCGCCAGUUGCUGGAUUACCUGGCCAAGAAUGACACCAGUGGAUUCAAGCAGCUGCUGGGCGGAGUGAGGAAUGUUAACUUCGUGGACCACACCGGGAUGUCGUGUUUGGCCUACGCCAGCUACAAAGGAAACCGCGAGGCGGUGCAGCUGCUCCUGGACAUGGGUGCCGACGUAAAUCUCAAUCAGCAUGGAGCUGAUUAUACGCCACUGCAUUUCGCUGCUCUAUCGGGCAAUACACAUGUGUGCCGGCUGCUUUUGGAUGCGGGCAUCAAACCGGGCAGCUUGAAUAGUGUCAACAGGACCGCCGCCCAAAUGGCCGCCUUUGUGGGCAACCACGAAUGUGUGGAGACCAUCAACAACUAUGUGACCCAGUCGAGCUUGGAGUACUACACCCAAUUGCAUGGCCAGCAGACGGAGCCGCAUAUACCACCCAGCUUACUCAAAUCGUUCCACGCCUUUGUCACCGAAAUCAACCUGCAUCCCGUGAGGAUUGCCCUGAAUGUGCAGUCCUUGGGACUACUUAGGAUCCUGUCCAGUCUGCGCAAGACGCUGGCUUUGAUGUGCGAAAAGGAGAUGCAGAAGUCGCAUGACCUCAACGAGCUGCUGGCCUUCAAGUUCCAUUAUCAGGGCUGGAUUUUGGCCGAACUAAUACGCUGCGAGGAGCAGUUCAAGGCGCAGCACAAGGAGAAAGGUGGCGAGGAGGCGGGCGAUGCGAACAAGAACGAUUUCAUCGAGUUGUUUGUGAAGCGGGUGCUCAAGGAGAACAAGCUGGGCCAGCUGGACUAUGUGGAAUACACGUUGCGCGAGUGCGCCAGGGAGUUUCCAGUGAGAGAGUGCACCAUCUUCCGGCAAAUCGCCACGCAAUUUGGCGCCAAAGAUGCACCACCAGCACUGACUGUCCUGCGAAAUGCCAUCAAUGGGAUGAGGUGGAUUACGGACGAGGGCAACUACUGCAGCACCUGCGGCGCCGAGAAGCCGGACAAGAAGUGCUCCAAGUGCAAGGCGGUGCAGUAUUGCGAUCGCGAGUGCCAGCGGCUGCAUUGGUUCAUGCACAAGAAGAGCUGUGCCCGCCUCCUGGCCCAAUCCCAGGCCCAGGCCCAAGCCCAGCCGCAAUCGCAAGCGAAGGGAGCCAUUGACACUGCCGAGCUGCGCGAGGAACUGUCCAAACUGACUGCGUAAUCCGGUGCUUCUUUGUAACGUCAAUAAAUGUAACAUAAAACCAGAAA